UAGGGAACUUUGGGAAAUUAGUCCCAGAGGAAGUUUGGGCCAUUUCUUCUGAGCUGAAGGGCUGGUUCCCUGCCUGGCCUGAUGGGGUUUGAGAAGGGAGAGAGGCCUCAUUCUCUCCUUACUUAAUUCUGCCCUCUCCCUGUCUCAGGGUUCAUUCAUGUUAUGCCCUUCCACCCCACAUUCCUCUACUCUUGACUUCAGGAAAUGCUGGUCAUUAUCUAUGAGACAAAGGUAAACACAGGAUGUCAAACAGAACAAACAGGAGACUGAGGUCAGAGUAAGGGAUGUUAAAUAUAUGCCUUGGGUAGGGGUCUGGGGGAGAGGAGAGUUUCAGAGACAGGAGAUGCUGUCAAAAUUUCUGUGCUCCAGUACCUAAGACUAGGAGUUAGCUAGGAUCACCUACUAUGUGUCUAGCACUGCAUAACACGAAGUGUUUUUUGGGUAAGUGGAAAGGAAUGGGAAUAAGCUGUACUUCCCUCCCUCCACCACCCUCAUGAUCCUUUCCAAUUUCACUCCCACCAGUACCAGUGCUUUUUUUGAAUGUAUAACUUCUGUUUCUUCAGUCUGUAGAUCUUCCAGGCAUCUAUCUACCUUUGGCUUGUGGAGAGUAGGGAAGAAGUUCUAGCAGGUAUAAAUUGCAUAUAACCAUCUCCCCAGCCUAUCUACAUAAAGAGACCAGUAUUCUGUCCUGAAAAUAUUUCCUAGUUUAAGAUAAUCUCCUGUUCCACUAGCCUUUCCUACCUAGUACAGUUGAUCAUGGGCUUGAGGAAGACUAGAAGAAGGCCAAAACUCAGAAAGGCGCCCUGGGCUUGGAUUGCAUGGAUGAGUAUGGGUUUACAAACAGCUGGGUCUUGUGAGGCCACAGGGUGGCGCCAGAGUAAGGAUCUCCCUGAGAGAGGCCCAGGAACUACACUUCCCAGGAAGCCUUGUGCAGGCGCCCGAGACGGAGCUAUCGGAGGGGCAGGACCUGCGGACGCUCGCUUGUGAGGCGCUAGUGCAGCGUCGAUGGCUGGCCCAGUAAAGGACCGAGAGGCCUUCCAGAGGCUAAACUUCCUGUACCAGGCCGCCCACUGUGUCCUUGCGCAGGACCCCAAGAACCAGGCGCUGGCGAGGUUUUACUGCCACACGGAGAGGACCAUCGCAAAGCGGCUGGUCUUGCGGCGGGACCCCUCAGUGAAGAGGACCCUCUGUCGUGGCUGCUCUUCCCUUCUUAUCCCUGGCCUCACCUGCACCCAGCGUCAGAGACGAUGCAGGGGACAGCGCUGGACAGUACAGACCUGCCUAACAUGCCAGCGCAGCCAACGUUUCCUCAAUGAUCCUGAUCAUCUGCUCUGGGGAGACCGGCCUGAGGCCCAGCUGGGGAGCCAUGCAGGUGAGAGAUCCCAAAUCUCCACAACCCCUGCCAAACACAGCCCACCCCAUUCUAGCCCACCUCUGUGAGGAGAAAGUGCAGCAUGAGAGCUCCAGCCACCAGUGAUGGAUUCAUCUUAUCUUCGAAAUAAAUAAAGUAUAUUGGUGUCUCA